UGUUUGAGCUUGAACGAAACGAAAUUUAUUGUUGCAAAGUGCAUAUCACGAAUCUGUCGGGGUUUCCGUGAUAUUUUUAUGUGUUAAACUAAAUCAAAUAGUAAAGAAUAACUAAAUUACUCAGUUAGAAAAGAAACUAGAAUAGUUUUAGUGAUAAUAUAAUCAGUGUAACAGUUGUUUUAUUAUCAGUGUUUCGCACUUUCAUUUUUACAUCGUUGCUAAAUAUUGCAAAAUGACUUCUGCACUGUAUUUAGAACAUUAUUUGGACAGUCUGCAGCAUCUGCCGAUAGAAUUGCAGAGAAACUUUAAGUUAAUGCGUGAUCUAGAUGACCGUGCACACGGACUAAUGAGGACGAUCGACCUUAUGGCUGACGAGUUGCUACCACAAAUCCCAAAAAUGGACGAAGAAACCAAGAAAGAAAAGGUAAAUACCAUUCAAGGACUAUUCAACAAAGCCAAGGAGUACGGAGACGAUAAAGUGCAACUUGCAAUACAGACCUACGAGUUGGUUGAUAAGCACAUACGUCGCCUUGACUCUGACCUCGCACGAUUUGAGUCUGAGAUACAGGAGAAAGUAAUGAGCGCACGUGCCGCACAGCAAGCCGCUGCUGACCAGGAACCCAAUGCUGCCACUGUCAAGAAGGGUAGGAAGAAAAGUAAAAUUAAUGAUAAGAGUGCAUCUACCACGGGCAAGAAGAAACGUGCCGGAGCGUCUAGUGAAGACGACGCCGCCGCUUCAGGCAGGUCGGCAGCAAAGAAAAAAGCGGUACGUAAAGGUGCAGCUGCUACUGCUAAUAAUUCUAAAGAACAGGAGGAGAAUGCUGAUUUAGAUUCUGUAGGAGGAAUGGCUCACCCCAGUGAUGUGUUGGAUAUGCCUGUGGAUCCAAAUGAGCCUACAUACUGUCUCUGCCAUCAAGUGUCAUAUGGAGAGAUGAUUGGGUGUGACAAUCCUGAUUGCCCUAUAGAAUGGUUCCACUUUGCCUGUGUGGACCUUAAGAUCAAGCCUAAAGGUAAAUGGUACUGCCCUAAGUGUACCCAGGAUAGAAAGAAGAAAUGAUCCACAGCCAAACCUACUGCUAAGCAAACAGAUAAGACUGUAACUUUAAAGAAAGAAGUGAAGUGACUAAAUAGUUGUUGGUAAGGUAUAUUAAUAUAUUGUAUUAUAGCCCCAACAUGUGAAAUGUGAUGUAUUUUAUGAUAAGUUCAUGUUACACCGAGGUGUAUUAUUAUGAGGAAACAUUUCUACAAUACUUGAAAUGCGUGUGCAAUAAUUGUGAAAGCUAAGUUAUUGUAUUUUGUGUUGUUAUGUCAUUGUGAUAUAAAAACAGAAAAUAUGUCAUAUUGAUUUAUAUAAAUUUUUGUAUUAUAAUAUAUAGUUAAAUUACUAAGGCCUUGUUUUUAUUGAUAGGGCAGAUGUAGUAAAGUAUCAAUGACUAACUUCUCUUUCAAAUUUUGGAUGUUGCAUUUCAAUUAUCAAUUUGUUAGCACAAAAUAGUGUUCAAUUAAUAUUGUAUGGAGUAGCCAUGCAUAAUUACAUCAUUAGUAGAAUAAAUAAUACAUAAUAUAUAAAUAAAUUUAAUAUAUGACAUGUUAGGAACAAUAUGUUAGCAGCUUCUAUUGGUAAGGAUCAUCUUAUGAUGUUAUCAUAUGCCUUAUUUAGCAUUUAUUUGUAACUGGCAUAAUGACACAGUCAUAGAAUUAAGUUUUUAUAUGAUAUAGUAUAACAAGUUUCGUGAUUUAUUGUACAUAAAGCAUUCAGGAUUAAUUGAGAUAAAUAUACAUACAACACAUUAAUAUCAGGUUAUUUUACAUGUGUGUUAUAUAUCUUAAAAAUAAUAGUUAUCAAUAGUUAGUUGCCUCAUACAUAAUGUUAUAAAAUAUAUCAAAAUAGUCUGAAUGUUUACUAAAUGUGAAAGAUGUAGUUGUAAGUAAAUAAUAUUAUUUUAAUGUGGUUGUCCUUAAAUGAAGGGGGAAUUCUGUGGGACACUGACUAUACUUUGGAAAACACAUUAAAGUUGUAAAAUUACAUUAAUCAUGAUUGCACAAUUUGUAAUGAUGACCAAUGCCUAAACCAUAUUAAUUAAUUAAUGAAGUUGUAACUAAUAUGGUUUAGCUAACUCCAGUACUCAUUAAUUUAUUAAUCUAAUUGGGUACUUUCCUUAGUCCAAAAUAAAUUAUUUUGAAUGUUCAAUACAAUACAAUAUUUAAAGAAAUCACACUUUCAUAUGACCAAGUUAAUGUUAGUAUUUUUCCAGGCAAUUUUUAAGAAUUAAGUGUACACAAUCUUACAUAAAAUUCAUAGAAAACUGUUGUUUUUGACAUUUCAAAAAAAGUUUUGAAUUUGUCUAGUUGGCAAGUACCCAAUUACUAAAUAUCCCAUUUAAGUGCCCUACUAUUAAUUAUUGUUCACCUUGUAAUGACUCAAUAUGGGAAGAUGUCAAUGGGUAAAUAAACCAUAAGUACCGAGAUUUGGUUGCCAGGAUGGGGCUAAACAGAUAAUGAUUUUACAACUCUAAUUUUCUCCACUUUCUUGAUUUAUUGAAACAAGAAAUCUGUUUUUAUCUUUUAGUUCUUGUCUUACAGAAUUUGAGUGAGAAUGGCGAUUGACUGAUAUCAAUAAUUAUCGUGUAAUAUACAGGUGUAAUAUUUAGAUUUUGGUUCAUUAGUUUCUGAGAAUGAAUCAACUAACACUUUGUCAAUCUUGGCUAAAUAAAACUAUGCAUAAUAUUUUCUAGUAAAAUACAAAUUUUCUUCAUCCUCGAUAGUGUUUUGCUAAUAUUCAAAGGGAUCGGAGAAAUGUGAUGAGAAUGAAUUGGUACAUAGACAAAAAUAAUGUGGAAUGAAGGACAAUCUGGUGUGCACUUGUACUAAACAUUUAUUUAUUAAUGUAAGGAGAUCCUAUAUAAAUUAUAUGCCUGUCUGUACAUAGUCCUAUAUAAUCACAAAGAUAUUUGAGUUCUUAAUCUUAUUUUUUUAAUGUUACAUGUUAAGUUGUAUUUCUGUUAUACAAGCAAUAUAGCUUAUAGGAUCUAUUACUGUUUUUAUUUAAAUAUUAAGAUAUACUUCUAAAUAUUUGAAUAUUAUUGCAGUUAUUGACUUAUU